CUGUUUGGGUGUCACGUGACCAAAUUGGUCUCAUGAUGUGAGACUUCCUGUUUGAGCCUGGUGAUACAGAGCCAUCGUUUUCAUUAUAAAUACCUCAGACCUGUAGUCGUUUGGAUGAUGUUCUGGUAAGGGAUAUACGGUAUCCCACAGUAUGCAUGUGCCAGUUCAAGCUCCCACCUCCAGGUGAUCUUCUCCAGCUAAAGUUCGGCUUCUUCCCUCCAUCACCAUGACCACUGAACAGCAGACUACUGCUCUACCCCAGCCCAGCCCAGAGUGCUUUUCCUGGGACUAUCGCCUCCAGCUCAUCAGCCUUGGCUUUGGGUUCUACACAUCUGUAUUUCUCCUCUCCCACCUCCUCUCACUGGCUUUGUGCCGCACCUACAAUGCUCUCCCAGGCAAGGAGAAGGUCUUCUGGAACCUGGCAGCCACUCGAGCAGCGUUUGGCAUACAGAGCGCGGUGGCAGGACUUCGGGCUCUGACUGAGGAAUCUGCCUUAAAUAAAGACAAAGUGAGGGGCCAGGAGGAUUGGUCGUGGUUUCACAUCCUCACAGCUACAGGCUUUUUUGUGUUUGAGAACAUAGCACUUCAUGCAUCUAGUGUGGCGUUCCGGUCAUUUGAUCUUCCCCUGGCCACACACCAUUUCUUUGCCUUGUCAGGAUUUGCAGGUGCUGUGGUGUUUGAUUCUCAGGGACACUUCCUGGCAAUGGUUACUCUCCUCCUGGAGAUGAGUACGCCUUUUACCUGCAUCUCUUGGAUGCUGCUUAAGGCUGGCUGGGCUCGCACUCUCUUCUGGAGAGCCAACCAGUGGGUGAUGAUCCACAUGUUCCAUUGCCGCAUGGUGCUCACUUAUUACAUGUGGUGGAUCACUCUGACCCACUGGGAAGGGAUCAACACCCACGUGGCGCUAUUCCAAAGGCUGAUCUUCUUCUCGGGACUCGCUCUGCUCACAUUCAUCAUCAACCCAAUCUGGACACAGAAGAAGACCAUGCAGCUGCUAAAUCCUGUGGACUGGAACUUUGGGAACAUUCCGGCACCGGUUAAUGGCGGCGUGGGGGAUCAGUCUGUGGUUUCUGAAAAACCCCAUGAAAGCUAAAAAGCAUUUAAAAGGUCCCAACCUGCUGAACUUACACUGCUUUUCUAAUCCACAUCUCUGACGUUUUAGAUUGAGAUUUUUAGAAACAUGAAAAACACUUUAGUUAAAUGAGAUGUCAUCAUGCUGCGUGUUGCAACCUAGUCUUGCAUCGGGCUGGUUUGGUUUUGUCCAGCUUGUUUGCUUUUAAAAGAGGGUGUAUUUAAUUCUUAAGCUUUGCUGUGAUCUCCAGUAUAUUUUGCAAUGAUCCAAAUUGGCGUCAUUGUGUUUUUAUUUUUCAUUUACAAAAGAAAACUGGUUUAACUGCAGCAGUGUAAGGUUUAAAAUUUGGCAAUCUCUGUUUUAUCAGAUGCUUUAAUAUCUGCCAUUGAUGACAAAAAAUUACAUCAAUAGGCUGUUUCCGCUCUCACUAAUAAAGUUACUCUGACCUUACUGCACACAUAAGAGAGUUUGGUGUUUAAUUUGAGGAAAGUGACUUUAUUUGUUGGAUCCAUUUAAGCCUAAUUGGGAAAAUUAGUUUGCAGUGGUCUCAGAGUGCAAGUCUUCCACCAUCAGUGCUAUGACACAGAAAGCUUUUUUCCUUGGCUGGAAGAAAGCCCUGGAAUUGUUGCCUUAACAAAGGCCUUACUGUCUGAAAUGGAGAUGCAGUCUGACAAAACCAAACCAGUGUUGACAACAAAACAAGCAAAUUACCUCUAAACCUAAAUGUAUUUUUAUAUUGUAAGAAAUGUACUUUAAAUUGCAGAAGUUGGGUGUAUUUAACAUUUUGUUAUUAUUAUUGCAUUUCUUUGCUCACAGUUGCUUCACUGUACUGCAUCUGAAUGUUUUUUUUUUUGUCAGUGCUACAAGCAUUUUCUUAUUGUUUUUCUAUGUACUAAUUAUUAUUUGGUCUCUAAAUCCCACUGCAAAAAUUGUAUGAAGUGUUUGAACGGUUAAAUGACAAAAUUACAGGCACUGGAAAGGACUGUGCAAUCACCAUAAAUAUUCUUGAAUUGGAUCAGCAUUUAAAUAAGAGAUGUUGGGGAAAAGUGAUUUUUUUUUUUUUUUCUGAUCUGGAUUAAAUAUAUUAUUUUGACUCAGGUCGAAACAUAAUAUGGUCUUGGUCUGAAUAAACUGACAAUUGCUUUUCAUCCAUGAAAUGCUAUAUGUUUGUGAUAGAUAGAUAUAGAAAUUAUGGCUGCACAUUAGAAGAAUAUGCAUUUGUGUGUUUAUCAAAUAUUGCAAUGGCAAUGGUGAUUAUGGUUAACCCACGAUUUCCUUGAUACUCUCUUUUUUUAUUAUUUGAACGUCCCUAACAACUCAGCUUAAGCUUCAUCAUCUUAGUUACUAAUGUUUAUAACAGAUGUAGGCAUGAGACCAAUGAACAUCUAUCGAAGAAGCCAAAUGUAUUAUUGGUAGGCAGAGUUUGAGUGUGAAGUAUUACAUUCUACCAAAUAAUGCAUUCAAGUAGUACUUUGUAGUUGAGAUAUGCCAGACAUACAUAUUGGCAUAAUAAUCAAUAUACUGUGUAAGUGUAGAAUUGUCUUUUGGUAUCUUAAAGUGGCUUUGUUUCAAUAAAAAAGGCUUUUAGUAUCUUACAUUGUUGGUUUCCAACUUUAAGGCUUAAUUUAUUAUAAAUAGACCUUGCAGCUUUUAAUUUCAGCUGUUGCACCUUGGCACCAUUGUGUUUUUGUGUGCUCUGGGAAAAUACAAGAAUGUUAGGUUCACAAUAAAAAAAAAUUCUGAAACAA